CAUUAUCACACAGCUCGUUCAACGUUUCGGUCGACACAUUCUCGAGUCAAACUGAAGCACUCUAUUCGUAAAAUCAGAACAAAUUCAAAUUGUAAAUUUUUACCUGUCCCUUCUUUAUAAGUUUUGAGUUCCCUUUCGGUAAAAUUGCCUUGAAAAGCAGCAUAAUCAAACGAAACCCCCGAGCCGAGCUAGCAGACACUCCUCAACUUGCUUGAUUGAGAAAGAAUACUUGUAGCACUAUUUUCGGAAGACAUAUUCUAGUAGCAUAACAUCAGGAUGUCUGACAACACGGCCGUGAGCUCUGUGCUCAACGUUGUUCUUUGCGGAGCCGCCGGUUUCGGUUUCUACAAGAUUGGACCCAGUGAACACCCGUACGCCUUCACAGCCUGCGUUUUUGGUUUCUGCCAUGGACUCUUUGGUUUGGUUAGCGGUUUGACCGGCGAUGAAAAUGUCAAGAAGGUCACGGAGACGACCACAUCGAUCAUGGAGAUCAUACCGCUGCCACUAGUCAAUGUGGAUCUCUAUCUAGGCGCCGAGAGCAACAACAUUGCUCUGGGCCAUGGACUCUUCAUUGUGCCACUGGCCGUCAGCGUGAUCCUCAGCUUUUGCAAGAACGAAAGCGGAGAUGAGGGCGAAGGAAGCCCCCUUGACACGCUGAAGACCCUCACCAUUUUAGGUAACAUCACCUCGCUGUUGUAUCUGGCGAUCAAUGAGAGCAGCUGGAACCUGGGCGGCAUGGCCUUCCUGGCCUUCAUGGCCAAGUUUGGGGCCAAAUUCUUUGAGGAGCAGAUCAGCGAGGGCAGCGGGGAGCCGGUGACCUACUUAAGUUGGUCGGGCUUCUACGUCCUCACCGCCAUGGCCGUCUCGGGCGAGAAGUAAACAGAAGUGGGCGGUGUAUCUGCCCAAAUCCUGGGAUCCGGGUUCCUGACCAUCAGCUGAGUUGGCCCUUGCAGCCCUUGCAACCUCUUUUCCCCAUAAACUUUCCGUCACUUCCGGGUCCCCAACUCAUUCGACCUUGGACGAGCAGAGUGAUGAAUAAAUUAUUGGACUGAUGCUAUGGUGA